AUGAGUCCUCUUGGGAGGUUCUCUGCAGUGGCUCAAAGCCGACGACAGCUGAACAACGUUCUUCGUCGAUUCGCAUCGAACGGGGCACCAUCCGUCAUUGUUCCUGGCGUUCGGCCAAUUGAGAGAAUUAGAAAUAUUGGUAUCUCUGCUCAUAUCGAUUCUGGAAAAACAACAGUCACGGAGAGAAUCUUGUACUAUGCGGGUAGAAUCGACUCGAUGCACGAGGUUCGUGGAAAAGACGAUGUCGGAGCGACAAUGGAUUUCAUGGAGUUAGAAAGGCAACGAGGAAUUACUAUUCAAUCAGCUGCUACUUAUGUAGAUUGGCACGGAACUAAUAUCAAUAUUAUUGACACUCCAGGACACGUAGACUUCACAGUAGAAGUUGAGAGAGCUCUUCGUGUUCUCGACGGUGCUGUUCUCGUUCUUUGUGGUGUCGGAGGUGUUCAGUCUCAAACUUUCACAGUUAACAGACAAUUGGCACGAUACAAUGUUCCAUUCAUUUGCUUUGUUAACAAAAUGGACCGGAAUGGAGCGUCUCCACUGAAAGCUCUCGAUGGACUCCGAAAUAAGUUGAAUCAUAAUGCAGCUCUUAUUCAUCUACCAAUUGGAAAAGAUUCGAAUUUCAACGGAAUCGUCGAUUUAGUCGAAGGACAUGCUUUGUAUUAUGAAGGAGAAGGAGGUCUAAUUGUGAGAAAAGACGAGAUCCCCAAGGAUUUGAGAGUAGAAGCACAAGAUAGACGAGAUGAACUUAUUGAACACAUUGCCAAUGUUGAUGAGACACUCGGAGAAAUGUUCUUGAAUGAUCAAAAGCCGAAUGUGCAACAAAUUCAUGAAGCUAUCAGAAGAACUGUUGUCAAGCGCCAAUUCGUGCCAGUUCUCUCCGGAUCUGCUCUUAAAAACAAAGGAGUUCAAACUAUGAUCGAUUCUGUUGUGAAAUAUCUCCCCGAUCCAUCCGAAGUUGUCAACAAGGCCACAGUGAAAACCGAGUCAGGAGAAGCGAAAGGAAUUAUUCUUUCUCCAGAACGCAAUAAUGAUAAGCCGUUUGUUGGUCUCGCGUUCAAACUGGAAGCUGGAAAAUACGGACAACUGACAUACUUCCGUGUUUAUCAAGGACAGCUGAGCAAAGGAGAUACUGUUUACGCAUCAAGAGACGGAAGAAAAGUCAGAGUACAACGAUUGGUUCGUAUGCAUGCAGCCGAUAUGGAAGAGAUCACAACGGCGUAUGCAGGAGACAUUUGUGCCACUUUUGGACUCGAUUGCCACUCUGGAGAAACUUUCUCAACUGAUCAAAAUCUUGCACCACAUUGUGAGUCAAUGCACAUUCCAGAACCUGUUAUCUCAAUGGCCAUCAAGCCUGUAAAUCGUAAAGAUGCUGACAAUUUCAUCAAAGCUUUGACUCGUUUCACAAAAGAAGAUCCAACAUUCCGGCGAGAAUAUAACCAGGAAGCCAAGGAGACAAUUGUAUCGGGAAUGGGAGAAUUGCAUUUAGAAAUUUAUGCACAACGUAUGAAGAGUGAAUAUAACUGUCCUGUUGAGUUGGGAAAACCGUCAGUUGCUUACAGAGAAUGCUUGGGAGCUCCUUACAAAUUCCAUUUCCGUCACAAGAAGCAAACUGGUGGUCAAGGACAGUUCGGAGAGAUUGAAGGAGUUAUUGAUCCACUACCAGCAGACCGUAACACAGUUGUCGAGUUUUCUGAUGAAACAUUCGGAAACAAUAUUCCCAAGAAUUUGUUCCCUGCCCUCAAAAAGGGUCUCGACGCAAUUGUUGCCGAAGGACCACUUAUCAAGUCCAGAAUUGCCGGAAUUCACGUACGAGUUCAAGACGGAUCUACUCACGCUGUCGACUCCACUGAAAUCGCUAUGAUUAACACAAUGCAAAACAUGAUGCGCGAGUCAUUUGAAAAAGCUAACUGGCUGCUUCUUGAGCCAAUUAUGAAAGUUGAAGUAACGACACCAGCGGAAUUCCAAGGAAAUGUAGUAACAUCGCUCACUCAACGAAAUGCUCUCAUCACCACGACUGAUUCGACGGAAGGAUACGCUACUGUCGUGUGUGAAGCUCCACUAUCUGACAUGUUCGGAUACACAUCAGAACUUCGAUCGUUGACAGAAGGAAAGGGAGAAUUCAGUAUGGAAUAUUCGAGAUACGCACCGACAUCGCUGGAAGCACAGGAACGAGUACAAGCCGAGUGGAGACAGUUACACGGAAUUGCUGAUCCAAACGAAAAGGGAAAGAAAAAGAAGAAGUAG